AUGGCGGGGCUGGUAAAUCUGAACCCUUUCAUCAUAAUUUGCGGGGCUAGCAUAAUCUCUGAAUUUUUCGUGUUGACCGCCGGUCAUUGCGUCUACAAUAGAGAUCGCAGCACGUUUUCGGUUUUAGUGGGCGGGCACAACAUCACUUCAGGAACCACCCCUUAUUCGAAGAUUUAUAAUGUUAACACCUACGUUAUCUUCCCCAACUGCAGUCUAAUUAAUACGGUGAUAGAUGACAUCGCGAUCAUUAAAACUCAAAACCAAAUAGUGUUUAGUUUAUAUAUCGGUCCCAUAUGCUUACCAUUUCGGUACAAAACCUCCGAUUUCGUUGGUCAACUUGUUACGGCAUUGGGAUGGGGUAGCCUGAACGUUUCCGAUAGCCAAUCGGACGUGCUAAGGAAGACAAGUCUCACUGUAAUUUCAAACCAGCAGUGCGCCCGGGACCAGACUGAGAAUAUCAACAACAAUCAUAUAUGUACAUUUACUCUGAGACAUCGCGAGUGCGCUGGUGAUUCUGGAGGCCCGUUGCUGUGGAUGGAUCCGAGCACUCAAAGGUUGCAUCUUAUCGGGAUCAUAUCCCACGGGCUCGACUGCAAUAUCGACAGUCCCUCAAUUAACACCAGGGUUACUUCGUAUUUGGAUUGGAUCGUUGCCAGAACUGGUAUGUAA